CCCGGGAGGGCGGCUGCGCUGCUCGUGCCGCCGGCGGCGCUUCUGGAGGGCGGAGGCGCGCGGGCGGCAGCCACUGAAGCCGGGCCCGAGGCUAGGAGGGACCGAUCGGAGCCCCGAGGGGCCGAACUGGGAGCAUGGACCGAGACGAGCGCGCGGCGUCGCGCCCUGCCCUGCGGCGGUGGCUACUGCUGGGAGCUGUGACAGUGGGGCUUCUGGCCCAGGGCGUCCUGGCGGGCGUGAAGAAGUUCGAUGUGCCCUGUGGAGGGAGAGACUGCAGUGCGGGCUGCCAGUGCUAUCCCGAGAAAGGAGGAUGGGGCCAGCCAGGGCCAGUGGGCCCGCAGGGAUACACCGGGCCCCCCGGGUUACAAGGGUUCCCAGGACUGCAAGGCCGCAAAGGUGACAAGGGUGAAAGGGGGGCUCCCGGGAUCACAGGACCGAAGGGAGAUGUGGGAGCCAGAGGCGUUUCUGGAUUUCCUGGUGCCGACGGAAUUCCCGGACAUCCUGGCCAAGGCGGGCCCAGAGGACCACCUGGCUACGACGGCUGCAACGGGACAGUGGGUGACGCAGGCUACCCGGGACCCAGCGGCCCUGGCGGCUUCCUCGGCCCCGCUGGGCCCCAAGGACCCAAAGGGCAGAAAGGCGAGCCCUACGCUCUGUCUAGUGAGGACCGCGACAGAUACAGGGGGGAAGCUGGAGUGCCCGGCCUGGUUGGUUUCCAGGGGCCUCCCGGCCGCCCUGGGCCCGUGGGACAGAUGGGUCCGGUUGGAGCUCCAGGAAGAGCAGGACCCCCUGGACCCCCUGGACCAAAAGGACAGCCAGGCAACAGAGGACUUGGUUUUUAUGGAGAAAAAGGAGAAAAGGGCGACAUGGGACAGCAAGGACCCGGUGGGAUUCCACCAGACAAUAGUUACGUCGAGAGGCCCAAAAAUGAUGUGAUCCUCCCAGAGCAAUACAAGGGUGAAAAAGGAAGUGAGGGGGAACCAGGAAGAAAAGGCAUUUCCAUGAAGGGAGAAGAAGGAAUCAUGGGCUUUUCAGGAGCGCGGGGUGCCCCCGGCUUUGAUGGUGAGAAAGGUUCACCGGGACAGAAAGGAAGCAGAGGACCGGAUGGUUACCAAGGCCCUGAUGGAUACCCAGGACCCAAGGGAGAAAUGGGUGAACCAGGCCCCCCCGGCCCACCAGCCUACUCCCCGUAUCCUUCCCUGGCCAAAGGUGCCAGAGGGGACCCAGGAUUCCAAGGAGCCCCCGGGGACCCAGGAGCCCGGGGGGAGCCUGGAGACCCCGGCUUUCCAGGCCUGCCUGGCACGUCCAUUGGAGAUGAAGAUGAGAAGAGAGGCUUACCGGGCGAGAUGGGACCCAAAGGCUUCACAGGAGAGCAGGGCAUCCCCGCCCUGUACCCCGGCCCGCCGGGAGCUGACGGAAAGCCAGGGCUCCGAGGUCCCCCAGGGCUCCCGGGACCACCUGGCCCAGACGGUUUCCUUUUCGGCCUUAAAGGAGCAAAAGGCAGGGUGGGCUACCCUGGGCCUUCUGGUUUCCCCGGGGCUCGCGGACAGAAAGGAUGGAAAGGCAAUGACGGCGACUGUCAAUGUGCAGAGGGUGACCAGUUCAUCGGGGGUCUUCCGGGGCCACCAGGACCCAAGGGCUUUCCCGGCACCAAUGGGGAACCAGGGAGGAAAGGCAGCCCGGGAGACCCCGGCCAGCACGGCAUCCCCGGCUUCCCAGGAUUCAAGGGAGCCUCUGGUGAUGUUGGCCCUCCCGGGCCCAAAGGAAUGAAGGGAGAUUCUCGAACCAUCACCACCAAAGGUGAGCGGGGCCAGCCAGGUGUCCCAGGUGUGCCUGGACUGAAAGGGGACAACGGCAUCCCAGGGCGUGACGGGCUGGAUGGAUUCCCAGGCCUCCCGGGCUCUCCCGGUGAUGGCAUCAAAGGCCCCGCAGGGGACGCAGGCCACCCAGGACCACCCGGUACUAAGGGCAUUCCAGGAGAAAGGGGCCCCCCAGGACUGGGGCUGCCAGGCCCCAAAGGCGAGCGUGGCUUCCCCGGCGAUGCUGGAUUACCUGGACCGCCAGGCUUCCCCGGGCCUCCCGGCGCCCCCGGCACUCCAGGACAAAUAGAUUGUGAUACGGGUAUGAAAAGGCCCAUCGGAGCAGAGGAACAGGAGACCGUCCGGCCAGGUUGUGUUGGAGGACCUAAGGGAUCGCCAGGCCAGCCGGGCCCCCCCGGCCCCCCAGGUGCCAAAGGCCUCAGAGGGCCUCCGGGAUUAUCGGGAACUGAUGGAGCACCGGGGCUCAAGGGUCUCCCGGGAGAUCCAGGUCAAGAGGGAUUCCCAGGACCCCCAGGGUUUGUGGGGCCCCGAGGAGUCAAAGGUGCAGUGGGCCACCCUGGCCUGGAUGGACUCCCGGGUCCCCCCGGCCUGCCGGGGCCAGUCGGGCCUCUGGGAGAGAGGGGCCUCCCUGGAGAAGUCUUGGGGGCCCAGCCCGGGCCCCGGGGAGACGCCGGACUGCCUGGACGCUCUGGGCUGAAGGGCCCCCCCGGAGAGAGAGGCCCUCCUGGAUUCCGGGGAAGCCAGGGUAUGCCAGGAAUGCCGGGCCCGAAGGGUCAGCAGGGCUUCCCAGGACCUUCGGGCCAGCAGGGACUGCCCGGGCCACCAGGACAGCAUGGCUUCCCUGGAGCUCCUGGCCAGGAAGGGCCCUUGGGGCCGCCGGGCACCCCCGGUUUUGGAGGUCUGCCUGGAGACAGAGGGGAGCCAGGUGACACAGGGUUCCCUGGCCCCGUGGGCAUGAAGGGCGUCUCCGGGGAUAGAGGUGACCCUGGCUGGCAGGGUGAGAGAGGUCAUCCCGGAAGCCCUGGAUUCAAAGGAAUGGCCGGGAUGCCUGGUGCGCCGGGCCCCAAAGGAGUUAAGGGUUCUCCUGGGAUGCACGGCUUCCAAGGCAUGCUCGGGCUCAAGGGGAGAUCCGGGCUUCCAGGAAACAAAGGAGAGACUGGAUUUUUUGGAGUCCCCGGGCUGAAGGGCCUGGCUGGCGAGCCGGGUGUGAAAGGCAGUCGAGGGGACCCCGGCCCCCCCGGACCACCUCCCAUCAUCCUGCCAGGAAUGAAAGACAUCAAAGGAGAGAAAGGAGAUGAAGGCCCCAUGGGACUGAAAGGAUACCUGGGCUUGAAAGGCCUUCCCGGAAUGCCAGGGAUCCCCGGGCUGUCGGGAGUCCCUGGGCUGCCGGGGAAACCAGGCCACGUCAAAGGAGUCAAAGGAGAUAUCGGAUUCCCUGGCGUGCCUGGGUCACCAGGAUUCCCCGGCGUGCCCGGCUCCCCCGGAAUCUCAGGGUUUCCGGGCUUCACAGGCAGUAGGGGCGACAAGGGAGCUCUGGGGAGAGUGGGCCUUCACGGCGAGAUCGGCCCCAUCGGUGACUUUGGUGAUAUUGGAAGUACUAUAGACCUUCCAGGAAGUCCAGGCCUAAAGGGGGAAGGAGGCACCGCUGGAGCACCAGGUCUAAAGGGAUUCUUCGGAGAGAAAGGAACCGAGGGUGAUGUCGGCUUCCCUGGGAUCACCGGCCUGGCAGGAGUCCAGGGCCCUCCUGGACUUAAAGGGCAAACAGGCUUUCCAGGACUGACAGGGCUGCAGGGGCCUCAGGGAGAGCCGGGACGGGCGGGAGUGCCCGGCACCAAAGGAGACUCCGGCUGGCCAGGGAGCCCAGGCCUACCAGGUCUGCCCGGCCUCCGCGGCAUCGGCGGAUUACACGGCUUGCCAGGCACCAAAGGCUUCCCAGGAUCCCCAGGUGCGGACAUCCACGGGGAUGCCGGCUUCCCAGGUCCUGCCGGGGCCAGGGGUGACCCAGGAGAGGCCAACACCCUUCCAGGCCCCACAGGAGCCCCGGGACGGAAAGGGGAGCGUGGAGUCCCAGGGGAACGAGGCCCGGUCGGGAGUCCAGGACUUCAGGGGUUUCCAGGCAUCACCCCCCCUUCCAACAUCUCUGGGUUACCAGGUGACGUAGGUGCGCCUGGGAUAUUUGGCCUGGAAGGUUAUCGAGGUCCCCCGGGGCCACCUGGGCCCGUGGCUCUUCCUGGAAUCAAAGGAGAUGAGGGGAGUCCAGGAGCCCCCGGAAACCCAGGGACCAAAGGAUGGGUCGGGGACUCCGGGCCCCAGGGCCGGCCUGGCGUGUUCGGGCUCCUGGGAGAAAAAGGGCCCAGAGGGGAGCAAGGAUUCAUGGGGAACACAGGCGCCGCCGGGAGCGUGGGAGACCGAGGCCCCAAGGGACCCAAAGGAGACCGAGGACUCCCGGGUGCCCCGGGUGCUGUGGGCGCCCCGGGGAUUGCAGGAAUCCCCCAGAGGAUUGCCAUCCAGCGGGGGCCAGUGGGUCCGCAGGGAAGGAGAGGCCCUCCGGGGCCUCAGGGGGAGAUGGGACCCCAGGGCCGCCCAGGAGAACCAGGUUUCCGCGGGACUCCAGGGAAGGCAGGGCCCCAGGGAAGAGGCGGCGUGUCAGCUGUUCCCGGGUUCCGAGGAGACCAGGGGCCCGUGGGGCUGCAGGGGCCCGUUGGCUAUGAAGGGGAGCCAGGCCGCCCCGGGAGCCCCGGCCUGCCUGGCAUGCCCGGCCGCAGCGUCAGCAUCGGCCACCUCCUGGUGAAGCACAGCCAGACAGAGCAGGAGCCCAUGUGCCCCGUGGGCAUGAACAAGCUCUGGAGCGGAUACAGCCUGCUGUACUUUGAGGGCCAGGAGAAGGCCCACAACCAGGAUCUCGGGCUGGCGGGCUCCUGCCUGGCCCGGUUCAGCACCAUGCCCUUCCUGUACUGCAACCCUGGCGAUAUCUGCUACUACGCCAGCCGGAACGACAAGUCCUACUGGCUCUCCACCACCGCCCCGCUGCCCAUGAUGCCUGUGGCCGAGGAGGACAUCAGGCCCUACAUCAGCCGCUGCUCCGUGUGCGAGGCCCCGGCCGUUGCCAUCGCCGUCCACAGCCAGGACGUCUCCAUCCCCCACUGCCCGCCUGGAUGGCGGAGCUUGUGGAUCGGAUAUUCCUUCCUCAUGCACACGGCCGCGGGCGACGAAGGGGGUGGCCAGUCGCUGGUGUCACCGGGCAGCUGCCUGGAGGACUUCCGAGCCACGCCAUUCAUCGAGUGCAACGGCGCCCGAGGCACCUGCCACUACUAUGCCAACAAGUACAGCUUCUGGCUCACCACCAUCCCCGAGCAGAGCUUCCAGGGCACACCCUCGGCCGACACGCUCAAGGCCGGCCUCAUUCGCACACACAUCAGCCGCUGCCAGGUGUGCAUGAAGAACCUGUGAUGUCGGGGCCGUCCCGCUGGACACGCUUCUCCAGGGGACACGCAGCCGGGGGGCCACUUCGGUGCUUAUUCUUAACUUAUUACCUCAGAUGCCGACCCAAAAAUUGACUUAAUCUUUUUUUCUUUAAAAAACAAACCAAAAGAAUAAUAAAAUAAGGGCUACCAAAGGAAUUCAGCACCAGCGCUUUGACCAGAUAACCCCGUGGCAUCCAAGGCGCUGCCCACUCUCCCCACGUCUGUAGGACACCCUGACCCCCCCCAAAAUGGAAGACCAUGAACCCUCCCUCUCAGGCCAUCCGUACUAGACGGUUCCACGCUCGGUGUAGCUAACUUCUUCCUGUGUAUCUAUGUAGUCACUGCAGUCUCAGCCGCCACUGAUAACCCACUUCCUGAACUCAACGGGGAGGUAUAGACAGGUGAGGCCGUGCAGCCUGCGGGCUCCUGAGCUCACUCCCGCUGUUCCCACACGGGGGGCUCCUGGGGUGGACCCAGCCCUGCUCUCCGGGCCCCUGUGGUGACAGCGCCCUCUUCUCCCAAACGCUGGCCACGUGAAGGAUCCUAGUCCUCUCAGGAAGGCCGACUGUGCCUUUUGUUGUAAAAGCCACUGAUGUCCGCACACCAGCUAUCACUCUUCCCACCACCCCUUACAGACCGUCGGGUUCGGCAAAACUCACGUAGAAGCGAAGACCUUCUCACCAUCUGUUGUCAGCCAGGCUGUGUGACAGCAAACUUUGUAGGGUCGGAAGUGAUGCUUCCACUGCCCCCAGGCCAUCCCUGGACAUUUACCCUCCGUACUUUGUGCAGAAUUGUAUUCCUAUGACUACUCCAUCCUCUGUAACGACCCCCAAAUAAAAGUUCGCUUUGAACAUUUUUA